AUGUCCUGGGCAGGUUUCAAGAAAAAUGUCAACCGUGCGACGACGCAGGUGAUGAUGAAGACGGGGCACGUUGAAAGAACGAAUGAUCGCGAUUAUGAGAUCGAAGAGCGACGAUACCGAACCAUGGAGGCGGCGGCGAAUCGCCUACAGAAAGAAGCAAAAGGAUACUUGGAUUCGUUACGAGCGAUGACGGCCUCGCAGAUGCGCAUUGCGGAGACAAUAGACGCUUUCUACGGCGAUGCCGGAACGCGUGACGGUGUGAGCAGAAGCUACAAGCAGGCUGUGGAAGAUCUCGAUGCGGAGACUAUCAAAGCGUUGGAUGGACCAUACAGAGCAACUGUUCUUGACCCGAUAUCUCGCUUUUGCGCCUACUUCCCCGACAUCAACGAGUGUAUUAAGAAGCGAAACCACAAGUUACUCGACUAUGACUCAAUGCGUGCCAAGGUGAAGAAGCUGGUCGAGAAGCCUGACAAGGAUGCCACCAAGCUUCCGCGGAUGGAGCGUGAGGCCGAGAUGGCCAAGCAAUCUUAUGAACAGCUAAACGAGCAACUGUUCACCGAACUACCACAACUCAUUGACCUGCGUGUGCCGUACCUGGACCCCAGUUUCGAAGCCCUAGUCAAAAUCCAGCUGCGUUUCUGUGCCGAGGCAUAUUCACGAAUGGCGCAAGUGCAGCAGUACCUCGAUGCCGAAUCAAGAGAUCAAUACGCUCGGGGUGAUCUGGACAACCGGGUAGAGGAAGUAUUGCAGGAGAUUCGGGAUUUGAGCAUAGCAGGAACCGUCUGA